UAUAAUGUAUCAUCCUAGAAAUAAAAUCUUCCAUAUAUUCCAUUAUUAACCCUAGCUUUCUUACCUUACCACACACUCUUGCUUCAAAGGUAUCUUGAAUCAAAUGGAUCUUAACCAGAUCAAGAAGAUCCAAGCCAUGAAGAGGUACAAGAAACACCAAUUCCUAGAAAAUCUACAUUUCUAUUCCUUAAUAGCUUUAAUAUGUAGUUUUUUCUGUUGUGUCACACUUUGUUUACCCUAUUUGUCUACCCUCUUGGUGUAUAUCUCAAGUUUGAUUCCUCUUCUUUUGAGUUCAAAGCUCUUGUUCAUCCUAUGCAACAUCAUAAUAUUUGUCCUUAUGAUAAACUCCAAAAUCAUUUCCGCAGAUUCAUCUUCGAAUUCUGAUGUUUACUAUGAUGAGUAUAUUCAAAGUACUCAAACUUCAAAGGCUAUGUUUCAAAGCUUUGAAGUUAACAAAGGUGAAACUAUAUUUGAGAAGUUACAUGUUGAGGAGAAUAUUGUGAACAUGUUUGAGAAACAUGUUGGAGAGAACACUAUGGAGUUGAAGAGAAAAGUUUGUGUUAAGGAAACUCCAAAACCUUGGGAAGCCAAUGAAGAUGAUAAUCAUGAUUUUGAUGGAUUUAAGAAACAAAGUAUUUUUGUUGCUGCUUCUGAUGAAUUGAAUAAAAGGGCUGAAGAUUUUAUUGCAAGAGUAAAUAGGAAUAGAGAGUUUGAACUUCGUUGUUGGAAAAAUGGUAGUUACUAGAUUCCUUUGUAGUAAAGGGUGCAAGGGUUUUUCAUGUAUGAUGUCUUUGUGUGAUACUACAUGUUAAGUGAUGUUAAGUGAGUCAAUUAAUGGAACAAAAUUAAAAAACCAUUAAUAAACUUAAUGGUUUUGGUAACAAGUUUUUGA